AUGGGCAAAUGGCAGACCCCUUCCCCGGGCUUGGAGAAGGGCGUGACUGUUACCAAAGGCCGGAGUUCUCAAGCUGAAGAAUCCAACCAGCAACCCUCCAUGCGGAUAGCCCCCCCUCCAACUCAGCCUGACAGUGAGCAGCCAGCAAAGAACGAGGGACAACCCACCUUCCAUCUGAAGGUCCAAAGGCAGAAAUGA